UGUUAUGACUGCUGUAUGAAGUGCCUGGGAGGAGUACCCUAUUGCUCCCUGGUGGCCACUCUGCUGUGUUUCUCAGGGAUAGCUCUGUUCUGUGGCUGUGGUCACCAGGCCCUCACUGAGACGGAGAGACUCAUCGAGACAUACUUCGCCCGUAACCUACAGGACUACAUUACCCUGGCCUACCUGUGAGUGGCUCAAAGGCUAUUGCUUUAUCCCAAACCUACCCCCUAGGAAUACCUGCAACUGAUUAGAAAAGUGGUGGCCAAGACUUAGAAGGCUUUGUUAAAGCUGGGCUGGAACAAAAACCUCAAUUGUUUUGGCGAUCCAGGACCAGGAUUGGCCACCUCUGGUUUAGAUGUCCUCUAAGACUACUGUAUAAGUAUAUUGAGCUAAACGGUAGACCUCAUGUUAACGGUAGACCUCAUGUUAAUGGUAGACCUCAUGUUAACGGUAGACCUCAUGUUAACGGUAGACCUCAUGUUAAUGGUAGACCUCAUGUUAAUGGUAGACCUCAUGUUAACGGUAGACCUCAUGUUAACGGUAGACCUCAUGUUAACGGUAGACCUCAUGUUAAUGGUAGACCUCAUGUUAACGGUAGACCUCAUGUUAAUGGUAGACCUCAUGUUAAUGGUAGACCUCAUGUUAAUGGUAGACCUCAUGUUAAUGGUAGACCUCAUGUUAACGGUAGACCUCAUGUUAACGGUAGACCUCAUGUUAAUGGUAGACCUCAUGUUAACGGUAGACCAAUCAUGUUAAUGGUAGACCUCAUAGACAUAAGUUGAAUGCACCAAUUUGUAAGUGGCUCUAGAUAAGAGCGUCUGCUAAAUGAUGUAAAUGUAAUAGACCUACUGUAGUGAUGUGUCCUAAUACUUCCCCCUCCCUCCACUUCUCCUGCCCCUUCUCCUCCUGCCUCUCCUUAUCCUCUUCCUCCUCUUCCUGCCUCUCCUCUUCCUCUCCCUCCUCCUCCUGCCUCUCCUCUUCCUCCUCUUCCUCUCCCUCCUCCUGCCUCUCCUCCUCUUCCCCUCCUCCUCCUCCUCUCCUCUUUCUCUAUAGUAUCCAGUACUUCCAGUAUGUUAUCUAUGGCUUGGCGUCAUUCUUCUUCCUCUACUGCAUCGUACUGCUGGCGGAGGGAUUCUACACCACCAGCGCCGCCAAGCAGACCUUUGGAGAGUUCAGGAGCACCCUGUGUGGACGCUGUCUUAGUAGCACGGUGAGAGAGUGGGGGCAAUGGUGGAGUGGAGGUGUAAUGGUAACAGGGUGGGGUGGAGGUGUGAUGGUAACAGGGUGGAGGUGUGAUGGUAACAGGGUGGAGGUGUGAUGGUAACAGGGUGGAGGUGUGAUGGUAACAGGGUGGGGUGGAGGUGUGAUGGUAACAGGGUGGAGGUGUGAUGGUAACAGGGUGGGGUGGAGGUGUGAUGGUAACAGGGUGGUGGUGUGAUGGUAAUAGGGUGGGGUGGAGGUGUGAUGGUAACAGGGUGGGGUGAAGGUAGAGUGGGGGUGAGGAGGUAGUUGAGAGGAUUGGGGUGAAGGGUUGAAGUGGGGGGGAGGAGGGGAGGUAGUUGAGAGGAUGUGGGUGAGGUGGAGUGGGGGUGAGGAGGUAGUUGAGAGGAUGUGGUGAGGUAGUGGGGGUAGGGUAGUUGAAGUAUGGGUUAGGUUGGGGGGUGAGGAUGUAGGUUGAGAGGAUGGGGUGAAGGUAGAGUGGGGUGAGGUAUUUGGUAUUUGGAGGUAGUUGAGGGAUGGGUGUGAAGGUUUAGAGUGGGGGAGGAGGAGGAGGUUAGUGAGAGGAUGGGGUGAAGGUAGAGUGGGGGAGGAGGAGGUAGUUGAGAGGAUGGGGUGAAGGUAGAGUGGGGUGUGAGGCCAGUUGGAUAGAGGUAAGAGAGUAAGGUUGAGGGUGGAGAUGAGAGCUCAACAAAACUGUGAAAGUAAUUAUUUUUAGCCUAAACAUUCAUCUCUCUCCCUUCAUCUUCAGUUUAUAUUGAUAACGUACCUGCUGGCAGUGGUGUGGCUGUUGGUGUUUGCCUUCUCUGCCUUGCCUGUCUACUUCUUCUACAACAUGGCCGCUACCUGCCACACCAUCACCGUCCUGACUGAGACCCCAGCUAGCAUCAACCAGCUUUGUAUCGAUGCCAGGCAGUAUGGUAAGGAAAGAAAACAUCACUGUAGUUCUCUAUAUGAUCCAUUAUGUUCAAUCAUAUUGUAACAUACAGUGCAUUCGGGAAAGUAUUCAGACCCCUUGACUUUUUCCACACUUUGUUACGUUACAGCCUUAUUCAAAAAUGGAUACAAUUGUUUUUACCCCUCAUCAAUCUAUACACAAUACCCCAUAAUUACAAAUCCAAAACAGGUUUUUAGAAAAUUUUGCAAAUGUAUUACAAAUAAAAAACAGAAAUGUCACAUUUACAUAAGUAUUCAGACCCUUUGCUAUGAGACUCGAAAUUGAGCUCAGGUGCAUCCUGUUUCCAUUGAUCAUCCUUGAGCUGUCUCUACAACUUGAUUGGAGUCCACCUGUGGUAAAUUCAAUUGAUUGGACAUGAUUUGGAAAGGCACACACCUGUCUAUAUAAGGUCCCACAGUUGACAGUGCAUGUCAGAGCAAAAACAAAGCCAUGAGGUCGAAGGAAUUGCCCGUAGAGCUCCAAGACAGGAUUGUGUCGAGGCACAGAUCUGGGGAAGGGUACCAAAAAAUGUCUGCAGCAUUGAAGGUCCCCAAGAACACAGUGGCCUCCAUCAUUCUUAAAUGGAAGAAGCUUGGAACCACCAAGACCCUUCCUAGAGCUGGCCGCCCGGCCAAACUGAGCAAUCGGGGGAGAAGGGCCUUGGUCAGGGAGGUGACCAAGAACCCGAUGGUCACUCUGACAGCGCUCCAGAGUUCCUCUGUGGAAAUGGGAGAACCUUCCAGAAGGACAACCAUCUCUGCAGCACUCCACCAAUCAGGCCUUUAUGGUAGAGUGGCAAGACAGAAGCCACUCCUCAAUAAAAGGCACAUGACAUCCAGCUUGGAGUUUGCCAAAGGGCACCUAAAGGACUCUGAGACCAUGAGAAACAAGAUUCUCUGGUCUGAUGAAACCAAGAUUGAACUCUUUGGCCUGAAUGACAAGCAUCACCUCUGGAGGAAACCUGGCACCAUCCCUACGGUGAAGCAUGGUGGUGGCAGCAUCAUGCUGUGGGGAUGUUUUUCAGCGGCAGGGACUGGGAGACUAGUCAGGAUCGAGGGAAAGAUGAACGGAGCAAAGUACAGAGAGAUCCUUGAUGAAAACCUGCUCCAGAGCGCUCAGGACCUCAGACUGGGGCGAAGGUUCACCUACCAACAGGACUGAAUGUCCUUGAGUGGCCUGGACUUGAACCCAAUCGAACAUCUCUGGAAAGACCUGAAAAUAGCUGCGCAGCAACGCUCCCCAUCCAACCUGACAGGGCUUGAGAGGCUCUGCAGAGAGAAACUCCCCAAAUACAGGUGUGCCAAGCUUGAAGCGUCAUACCCAAGAAGACUUGAGGCUGUAAUCGCUGCCAACGGUGCUUCAACAAAGUACUGAGUAAAGGCUCUGAAUACUUAUGUAAAUGUAUUAUUUAAGUUUUUUAUUUUUAAUACAUUUGCUAAAAAUUCUAAAAACCUGUUUUUGCUUUAUCAUUAUGGGGUAUUCUGUGUAGAUUGUUGAGGGGAAAAAACAAUUUUAUCCAUUUUAGAAUAAGGCUGUAACAUAACAAAAGGUGGAAAAAGUCAAGUGGUCUGAAUACUUUCCAAAUGCACUGUAUGAUCUCUGUGGGCCUAGUAAAGAUUGGUCAUACCCUGUUUAACAGGUAUGACCUUUUAUGUGGCAUUAACACAACCAGUCAUGUUUUCAUCUGAUUGUCAAACAAUCACUUCAAAAAGGCGCUCCUGUAGGCAACCCGCACAUGUUCAUCCACUCACAAAAUAAUUCCAUCAUCCAAACCCCAACAGUGCACUGUGCACCUGCAAUUUGAUUAAUGGAAAGAGACAUCUGUUACAAAACACCUAGGUGUAUUAUAAUGACAUUCUGCGAUUGUCAUUAGGCCUCCACUUGUAGCCUGAAUUGAUGCAUCCACCGUUGACUUUGCGCUCCUCGGUCCCGGCCACUCAUCUCCGCCUUGGCAAAAGGUGUUCUCGUCGAACUACAACGCAAUUCGCUCAUUUCAUGCAGCUAACGUGCGGUAAUGUUAAAUAAUGGCCUAUAUUUUUCUUGGCAAUUUGUGUUAAUUGUGAUAGGCUCACGUUUUACCAGUAAGGCGUACACCCACUAUUUAUUUUGCUGGGACACCGUACCUUACCAGACCAUACCGUACCUUACCAAACCGUACUAGACCUUACCAUACCAGACCGGGCCAGACCAUACCUUACCAGACCGUACCGUACCAUACCGUACCAGACCAUACCGUACCAUACCGUACCUUACUGUGCCAGACCAUACCGUACCUUACUGUGCCAGACCAUACCGUACCAGACCAUACUGUGCCAGACCAUACCGUACCAGACCUUACUGUGCCAGACCAUACUGUGCCAGACCAUACUGUGCCAGACCAUACCGUACCAGACCAUACUGUGCCAGACCAUACUGUGCCAGACCAUACCGUACCUUACUGUGCCAGACCAUACUGUGCCAGACCAUACUGUGCCAGACCAUACCGUACCUUACUGUGCCAGACCAUACCGUACCAGACCAUACUGUACCAGACCAUACUGUGCCAGACCAUACCGUACCUUACUGUACCAGACCAUACUGUGCCAGACCAUACCGUACCUUACUGUGCCAAACCUUACUGUGCCAGACCAUACCGUACCUUACUGUGCCAGACCAUACUGUGCCAGACCAUACCGUACCUUACUGUGCCAGACCAUACUGUGCCAGACCAUACUGUACCAGACCAUACCGUGCCAGACCAUACCGUACCAUACUGUGCCAGACCAUACCGUACCUUACUGUGCCAGACCAUACUGUACCGUACCUUACCAGACCUUACCGUACCAGAAUAUACCGUACCGUACCAGAACAUACCGUACCUUACCGUACCAGUUUGGGAAACCCUGGUCUAUACGACCUAAUCAUUCAUGUGGACUCAGUGCUCAAUUAAUUCAAAUCUACUCUGCAGACAUUUGGAGAGACAUUACCAACUGUGAAAGCAGAAAUUUUAUAGCAGAGAAUCAGAAAUGUGUAUGUAUUUUUCAUCUCUUUCAGGGCUCCUACCAUGGAAUGCGAUGCCAGGCAAAGCUUGUGGAAUGACACUGUCCACUGUCUGCAAAACCAGAGAGGUCAGUAAUACAGUCUCUCGUGAUGGAACUUGGCAGGACACGUUAAAAACAAAGCGUCUCCAGAGUCUAGAAUGUUAACGUCUGACUCAUCUCUGACUCUGAUUUGUCCUUUUACAGUUCCGUGUGACCUAUGACCUGUACAUCGCAGCGUUCGCCGGGGCUGGCAUCACACUCUUGGCUCUGGUGAGUGACCCUGUCCUAACCUCUUAA